CAAAUUUAGUAGUGGAGGAGCGAACAAGACAGAUGAAAAUGAAAAUGCACCGGUACAAUCAGACAACAGGGUGUGGUUCUAGUCAAGAACUUGAACAUGAGCAAUAUACUAAGUAUAAUAUACAAACCGAUCAGUACAGAAGUUGUGAUAAUGUCUCUGCCAAGUCAUCAGAUAGUGAUGUCAGCGAUGUGUCAGCUAUUUCCCGCACCAGCAGUGCCUCUCGCCUCAGCAGCACAAGUUUUAUGUCAGAGCAAUCCGAGCAUCCAAGAGGCAGAAUCAGUACAUUUACUUCUAAAAUGCAAGGCGGAAGGAUGGGCACUUCAGGGAGAAUCAUCACAAAGAGCACAAGCGUGAGUGGAGAAGUAUAUAAGUUGGAACAGAACGAUGGGAGUCAAUCAGAUACCGCAGUUGGGACAGUCGGAACAGGUGGGAAGAAGAGAAGAUCAAGCCUUAGUGCCAAAGUGGUUGCCAUGGUAUCUCGCAGAAGCAGAAGCACAUCCCAGCUUAGCCAAACAGAGACUGGCAACAAGAAACUGAAAAGCACCAUACAAAGAAGCACAGAGACAGGAAUGGCAGCAGAAAUGAGAAGUCGCAUGGUCCGGCAGCCCAGCCGGGAGUCAACUGAUGGUAGUAUCAACAGUUACAGCUCAGAAGGAAAGUGAGUUGAAGCCUCUGAAAACCAAACGCUCUGUACAUGGGGCUGCCCUUGAAGAGCACCCGGAGGCUUCAACUGGUCCAGAAUGCGGCUGCGUGGGUUAUCAUGGUGCUCCCAUGUUACACUCAUUUUAGGUGGCUUGCACU